AUGAUUUCAACGAUGGAUCUGAAGAGAAAAGCCGAUGAACUUGCUCUCGUGCAAAUAAAACGUUCCAGAAAUGAAAUUGUUGCUACAAAGCCUCCCGGCGUUUCAUGCGAUGUACAACGAACAUCGAGUCUCUUAGCUCCAAUAAUGUUGCUAGAAGGACACCAAGGAGAGAUAUUUUCAGUUGAAUUUCAUCCUGAUGGACAGUAUCUUGCUUCCUCCGGGUUUGAUAGACAGAUAUUUAUUUGGAAAGUUUAUGGAGAAUGUGAAAAUGUUUCUGUUAUGUCAGGUCACACAGGUGCCAUAAUGGAACUUCAUUUUUCAACUGAUGGAUUCACCCUCUAUACGGCUAGCACCGAUUUCACGUUGGGUCUUUGGGAUAUCGAAACUGGUGUUCGUACCAAGAAAUUGAAAGGUCACACAACAUUUGUGAAUUCGUGUCAUCCAGCUCGACGUGGACCUCAGUUAGUAUGCAGUGGUUCAGAUGAUUGCACAAUCAAGGUAUGGGAUCCUCGUAAAAAGGGCCAGACAACAACUCUAAAUAAUACUUAUCAAGUGACAUCAGUAACAUUCAGUGACACUGCAGAACAGAUUUUGUCAGGAGGUAUAGACAAUGACAUAAAAGUGUGGGAUUUACGGAAGAAUGCAGUGUUGUACAGAUUAAAGGGUCAUGCAGAUACUGUGACUGGUGUUAGUCUGUCUCCUGAUGGUUCGUAUGUCCUUUCUAAUGCAAUGGACAAUACUGUUAGAAUAUGGGAUGUCCGUCCAUUUGCACCCCAAGAACGGUGUGUGAAGAUCCUCACAGGGCACCAACAUAAUUUUGAGAAGAAUUUACUUCGUUGUUCAUGGUCACCCGAUGGUUCCAAAGUUUCAGCAGGCUCUGCAGACCGAUAUGUAUAUAUAUGGGAUACUACAUCUCGUCGAAUUAUAUACAAGUUGCCAGGUCAUAACGGCAGUGUAAAUGACAUUGAUUUUCAUCCUAAAGAACCAAUUAUUAUGUCUGGUUCCAGUGACAAGCAAAUAUACAUGGGUGAAAUAGAAUGA